AUUAAAAAAGUUGGAAAUAAAUAACCGGUAACAACGAUCACCGUUCACAGAUUCAGAAUAAAACCUCGGAGAGAGUCACUGCCGGAAAAGAACAUCACCACCGUCUUUCAAUUUUCCGGCGAUCUCUUCGUUUUUCCACCGGCGAUCCAUUAUCCUCCCAAUCAAUCAUGACUACAUCAAAGCGCCUUGCAGUUAGGAAGGUGGAGAAGUUUGAGAAAAAUAUCACAAAAAGAGGAAGUGUGCCAGAAACAACUGUUAAGAAAGGAAAUGACUAUCCGGUCGGCCCCGUGUUGCUUGGUUUCUUCGUCUUUGUUGUCAUUGGAUCAUCUCUCUUUCAGAUAAUCAGGACAGCAACGAGUGGAGGCAUGGCAUAAUGGAGCUUUGAGUUGGACUGUAUUAUCUUUUUCUUAGCCCUGUAGAAAAUAUGACUAUACUUUUCUACAUGUACUUGGACUAUACCCAGUUCCUGUUCAUGUUUUGAUGAAGUUUUAAGGAUUUUUAAAAUUUUAAUUAUACAAGUAUUGCACCUCUUUUGUUUAAUUUACAUAAUGCGACAGAUUGAUUUUA